UGUACAAGUUCACUCAGUAGGUUUCAUGGCUCUGCAAGGAGUUGAACCCUGGUCUCCAUAGUCCAACACUCAAACCACUCUCCAUUUAAAAUAUAUAUUCUGGAGAACUCUUUCGGCUGUACAGGAUAUAUGAGCCUUUUUGAAAAACUCAGGGAGGACCAAAAGGAUCCCUUGUAAAUUCAAGAAAAGAGACAGAGAACUGAGCAGGAUGGGAUGCUUUAAGGUGUUAAAGGCAAUAAACAAAUAAUUAAGAGUAAUGAUAAGAAAAAAGGCUCUUAUGUCUGUUCUUAAAAAAGAAAACAAGCUUACUAUAACAGAAUUUUUUAAAAAAUGAAAUAUAAUAUAUUUUUAUUCAUCUUGCUUGACGGUUGUGUUUGCUGCUUUCAAAAGGUGCCUAUGAACUUGUGCGACCUCCACAUGGUAUAGAAUCAACUGAUAGAUUCAGGGUGCUGAAUCAUCUUAUCUAACUGUGGCUGCCCAAGGGAGAGUUGUUAAUAUACAACAUGAACUUGAUUGCUACAUGUAAACUUGGUGAUAAUACCUUUCAGGUUCAAAGAAGGGCACAUGUUAAACAUUGAUUUUUGCGUAAAAUUUGUGGUUUUAUAGGCCACACCGAUGUUAUUCUUAUACACCUUCAAACAUUAGAUAGAAAGCCUAUGAUGAGUUUGGGAAUCGCCAGUACUAUGAUGGCAUGUCUGAAAUCAAGAAGUCACAUAGCUGUUUGGAUUACGUUUUUGCUUUCUCUGUGGCAUUCUGCUGAAAGUGGGAAGCUGCUGGUUGUGCCACAGGAUGGAAGUCACUGGCUCAGCAUGGAAAUGGUAAUAGAGAAGCUUGCACAAAGAGGGCACGAAAUUGUAGUGCUAAUACCAGAAAACAACUUGCUUAUGAGAACAUCUGAGCACUUCAUUGUAAAAACGCAUUCAGUGCCUUAUUCCCAGGAGGAGUUGGACCAAUUUUACCGUUCAAUAGGUGAGGCUGUCUUCGAUGACUCUCCAUUCCUGGAGAAGAUUUUUGAAAUGCACACGAAUAUAUCUAGAAAUUCAGGCAUAUUUGCUUCUAUUUGUAGGAAUCUUCUAUAUGACAAAGAACUAGUCACAUUCCUUCAACAAAGCAAAUUUGAUGCCAUGUUUUCAGACCCUGUGCUGCCUUGUGGGCCAAUCCUUGCAGAAUAUCUGUCCUUGCCUACAGUGUACUUUUUGCGUGGACUUCCAUGUUCUCUAGAUUACCAAGCAGCUCAAUGUCCAGUCCCCCUUUCUUACAUCCCUCAGAUGUUUACUUCUUUCUCUGAUCACAUGAGCUUUACCGAACGUGUGAAGAAUUUCUUAGUCACACCAUUAGACCUUUAUAUUUGCAGUUUAUUUUUUGAAAACCAUGAACACCUUGCUUCUGAGUUUCUGCAGAGGAAGACUACAGUCUUGGAACUUUUCAGUAAAACAUCCAUCUGGCUACUGAGAUAUGACUUUGUAUUUGAAUAUCCCAGGCCAGUGAUGCCUAACAUGUUCUACAUUGGAGGCAUUAACUGUGCACAGAAGAAGCCAUUAUCCAAGGUAACGUGAUGUCAUAAGAUUACAUAUUUCUUAUUUUACAAGAUUAUUUUUCACUUGUGUUAUUAUGUAUCAAAGGUGGGCAACCUUUUUUGGAUUGCAAGACACAUUGGCUCCUGCAAAAAUCCUCUAGGGGUUGGAUGAAUGGACAGGACUGGUGGUUUCUAGGGUGUUCACUACAAAAAAGAUGCUCAACGUAAUUGAUACCUAUACAUUUUUGCAGAAAAUAUUUGAUGCCUCCCAUGUCAUAAUAAAACAAAUACUUUUUUGAAGGGGGGCAGUAAACAAGUGCUAUUUUUAGUCAUAAUUUAUGCAAAAUGUCUCUGAGCAAAACUAAUUUUUCCUUUGGGAAGCAAAGUAUGCACACACACAGCCACAGAGGUGGAUUGUUUGAAUGCAAAAAAGAUGCAAAGUCAACGCUGUUAACUUUUAAAAGUCCAUGAAUGAAGACAUCAACUGUCAUUCUUUAGCUAUGUAAUCUGAGCUAUUUGCACAAUUUAUACUCUUUGUGCAACUUAUUAAAACAAUCCUUCUCAUUAGUGCAAAAAGCUUUUGUCAAGACCACCAUCACUACCAAAACUUCUUAUUGUAGCUCCUCAGAUGCAAUGAUGGUUCUGUCCUAAAUACCUUAAAGGCACCAGAUCUCAUCUGUUCUUGGACACUAAACAGGGUCAGCCUUGGUUGGUACUUGGAUACAAGACCACCAAUGAAUACCAGGUGCUGC